AUUAAUUCCGGAAAACAGGUAAGGGCGUGGCGACCGUCCAGGUGUCCUCGAGAGACGUCGAGCUACAGUAUGUUUAUAUUCCGGACGCAUUAAGCAAUGGCUUUGACACAAGAGGCGAUUUUAAAGACUCUGUUAGAAGGCAAAGGAAAGGUGAGAAACUCGGAUCUGCUGAGCAAGUUUAAAGAGCCACUGAACUGCAGUGAUCCGGCAGAGAAGAAGCAGAACCGGGAUCUCUUCAAAACCUUUGUGAACAACAUUGCUGUUGUGAAAGAACUCGAGGACGGCAAGUACAUAGUCUUAAAGAAGGUGUACAAUCGUUUACUAGAAGCCUCGAGUGACGAGCACGCGCCAAAAGAAGAUGGAUCACAUCCAGAAGAAGAACAACCCACUCAAAAUGCAGAAGGUAAGAAGUCUGAACCAAAAGCUCUGAGAAGAUCUUCGUCGAAGGCUUCGGACGGCGGCGGAGAGCUCUCCCCGAUAGAGAUCGCUCUGGAAAGAAGCAAGAAUGUGGACUUCAAACCUAAAAGGUCUAUGCAGUUCACCGUCCCGCUGAAGCCCGACCCCGCAAACAAACCGUAUGCUCUGCCUUUACGAGCGCCCCAAGCAGACUCGGGUCGUCGUUACGAGAAGCCGAACGCCGAGAGCUUGGGAGAAGAGCUUCAGAGCAAGAGCAGAACGGACGGCGCUGGAGCCUCGCCGAAGCUACGCAGAACCUCCAAGACCCUCAAACCGGCAGACGAGCCCAAGGAGUCGCACCAUUGCCCGCUCGACCCCGUGGAGCACCAGUGGCUGGUGAAGUCUGCAGCCGGGCAGUGGAAUCAAGUCUACGGCCUGCUGUUAAAAGACGGACAGCUUGCAGAGAAGAAAGACUUCAUGUCGGGGUUCACGGCCCUGCACUGGGCGGUCAAGAGCGGAAACGCCGAUAUGGUGUGCAGAAUCAUUGACGUGUCCAGGAACGGCGAUCACGGGGUGGAUGUCAACGGCAAGUCCAACGGUGGCUACACACCGCUUCACAUCGCCGCCAUCCACCAUCAGCUCUCCCUGAUCCACCUUCUAGUCCGUAAGUACGGGGCCGACGGGAACAUAAGGGACAACUGCGGAAAGAAACCCUACCACUACCUGGACAAAGGGGUCUCCAGAGAGCUGAGGGGGCUUCUCAAAGACCCGAAAGCUGGCCAGGACGAGGCGCGUCUUCAGGUCCGGGACGAGUACGAUGCACGGAAGUACUCUAUAGGUCAGCUCUUAGCCAAUCCGACGGGGCUGAAGAAGAAGAGCAAGGCGAGAAACCAGAUCGUCUCCGCCAAUGACGACGGCAGAGAGAGGGAUGAGCCAGUGCUGCACAGAAUGAGGCUGAUAUCGGACGUCUUUUCGUAGCUGAGAGUAAAUGUUUGUGACUCCGGAGCACGAAACCAGUCGAAAGCAGUGUGUUUGUAGCAAUAAUGGAUUUUUCUUUUAAGCCAAAAAUUAAGUAAAUGCCCAUUUUUGGACAUUUUCAUUUGGACAACUUUAUAGAUUUUUUUCUCACCCUCAGAUAUCCAAAAAGUUGUCCUGUCACAACAAACCAUACAAUUUCUUUCAAAUUAAGUUUCUAAACGAAUCACCUUUCAUCCGAGUUCCUGCAAGAAUUGUGCUUACAAAAAUACUUGUGUUUGAUCAGUGCUUUGAUGCAACCUGUGUUGUUAAAAGCGCUAUAGAAAUAAAAAUGAUUGAUUGAUUAAAGUUCAUUUUUAAUAUGAGCGACGAUGUGCAAACCGCUUUUAUUCAAAUACGCAUGUUAAAAAAGAUCGAAGUUUCACGUAAAAUGUUGUUCUUCUGGAAUUUCUGUUCAUGAAAAAGGAAUGUUAUGCAGUUUGCACAAAAAUAUGAAGCUGUUUUCAAAAUCGUCUGCGAUAAGAAAUGUUUUAUUGAGCAGCAAAUCAGCAUCUUAGAGUGAUUUCUGAAGGACACCGAAGAUGCUCAAAAUUCAUCAGCUUGAUGAAUGACUUUUUAUUACAUAGAAAAUGGUUAUUUUAAAACAUAAUACUGUUCUUACUGUAUUUUAAAUCAAAUAAAUGCAGCCGUGGUGAGCACAAAAGACUUAUAUUACCAGAUGGUUGUCUUUCUUUUAAAUGUAAUAAUUAGAGAUGAUUGUAAAUCACGAGGUGAUUAUGAGGGCUCUUCGUCUCAGGGUGGAGGGAGCGUAACUCAUCAGGAGCGGCCUAAUCGCUCUGUUCUGGCGUCACAUGUCUGCACACGUUCUCUUGGGUGGGAGAAAUCUGAAAGAAUAGUUUUUGUAAUCAAUGCAGAUGUUCAAACGAAUGUCCGAGCGCGUUCAGGUCACGUUUUAUGCCGAUCAACGUGCUUUUUUUUUUCAUGCAUAAUCAUGUAUUGCCUUGAUCAUGGAAAACCUGUAUUUGUGGAAUGUUAUAUAAGUGCCAUCCCUAAAUAAUAAAUACAUUUUCUUGCUUA